GAAAAGCAGACGGCUGACGGAGAGAGAGAGAGAGGGCGCGACUCUCUCUGUAUCUCUCUCUAUCUGGUCGGAGAGGGAGGGUCCGUGUGUAGGUGGUGGUGGAAGAGCGAGAGAGCGUAGUCGAGCGACCGUCCCGCUGUGGCCACGAGCUCCGACGCUCGGGGAACGUAGGUAGUGCGUGAACUUCCGGCCGAGUGAAACGGACAAGAGACGAACGAACGAAACGAAACGAAACGAAACGUAACGAAACGAACGUAACGAAACGAAACGUAACGAAACGAAACGUAACGAAACGAAACGGAACGUAAAAACGGGGGUUAAAGAGGAAACGGAUUGCCAGCGGACACAGAGAGCGAGGGAGAGAGAGAGAGAGCGCGCAAGAGAGAGGACAAAGAGGCAUCGGCAGGCUCGGCCAGUUGAAACCGUGUGCGUCGAGAGGACAUCGCGAGAGGAGAGGAGAGAUCGCGUCGAGUGAGAAUAUCGUAGUCUUACGCGGGCGAGAGAGUGAGAGAGCGAGAGAAGGAACGAAAGAAAGAACGAAAAAGAGAAACAGAGAGAGAGAGAGAGAGAGAGAGAGAGAGAGAGGAAGGGCUCGCGAAACAGCUCGAGGACUGGUUCUCUCGGGCGGAAAACUCGACGGGGCACGCGGAUGUGGCCGCGAACAUGAACGGGCGCAACGCGGACGACGUGAACGUGGACGUGGACGCGGACGUGGACGCGGACGCGGAGGUGAACGGUGCUGAGAGUGGUGCAGCAGCAGACCGCGGUCAGCAGAAGCGUCAGCAAGGAUCGUAAUCGUGUCCAGUGGAUACUCGAAGAGGAAACGGAGGAGCGUGCGUGCGUAAGUGCGUGGCUAGAGCGUGGAAAAGCGUGCCGCGUGUGUGGUCCGGCCGCCUGGGCUGGUUUGGUGCCUGCGUUUGCGUGGCCGCCGGAGCGUACGUGGGAUACGCGUGAUUCAAGAGGAAACGAGCACACCGGGGUACGCGUGCACCCGACCGGAUCUAAUUCGCCCACGAGGAACACGAGGCCAAGAAAAUAAGCGACACCCCGUGUAAGAUAUAUAACGCGGGCUAGAACCGCGUCGUCGGAACCGGAGUCGGAGUCGGAGUCGGAGUCGGAGAAGAGAGAGGCGCGAGGCACUGCCUGCUCUCUCUGCCUGCUCUGCCUAUCGUUCUGCCGUUGCUCGCCGGAGGAGUAGGAGGAGGAGGAGGAGAAGGAGAAGGAGGAGCCGGCGAUAAGGGUGGUAUGCGAGGUGAAUAAGCGUCUAUCUCGUCGGCGUUGAUUGUUUUUUUCGUCGCCGCGGCGAGAGAGAACGAGAGAGAGAGAGCGAGAGAGAAAGAGAGAGAGAGGGAGAGAGAGAGAGAGAAAGCGAGGCGCACGAGCGAGGCCCGGGGAAAAAGUAAACCAGCCGUCGUCUGUCUGUCGGCGGCAGUGCGCGACCGUCGUGCACCGUUUCGUCGAGUGUGGUGGUGGUUUGUCUUAAAGUGGUGCCUGAGCACGAAGAGGGAAUCGUCGCCAGCAGGGCAGAGGCUCGAACGCAUGUAGGAACAUGGCCGCAACCAGCCCCUGCCUCCCUCUAGAGGUUGGCAGCGCAAGAGGCGGCACAAAGGGACCCUGGAUACGCGAGUCAGUUCAGGAGAAGGCCGAGGUUGGCCGGACUGAGUGGUCUCGGUGACUGGACUAGCUUUGGAGGGGAGGUACCUGGUCUGGUGGACAUGGCGCCAGGCCGGGAUCAGGGCGGAGGGGCGGGUGGCGGUGGGGGAGGCGGCAAGGGCACCACGUCGUUGUUCAUCCUUUCGGAGGAUAACUGCAUCCGGAAGCAUACCCGGUUCAUAAUCGAGUGGCCGCCCUUCGAGUACGCCGUCCUGCUCACCAUCAUCGCCAAUUGCGUGGUCCUCGCCCUCGAGGAGCACCUGCCCAAGCAGGACAAGACCAUACUCGCGCAGAAGCUCGAGGCCUCCGAAAUCUACUUCCUCGGGAUCUUCUGCGUCGAGGCGAGCCUCAAGAUCCUCGCCCUUGGCUUCGUCCUCCACCGUGGCUCCUAUCUGCGCAACAUCUGGAACAUCAUGGAUUUCUUCGUCGUGGUGACCGGGUUCAUCACGGCGUUCUCGCAAGGCAUAGACUUGGAUAUGGAUCUGCGCACGUUGCGUGCGAUACGCGUGUUGCGACCGCUCAAACUUGUCUCCGGCAUACCGAGUCUCCAGGUGGUGCUCAAGUCUAUCAUCAAGGCGAUGGCCCCGCUUCUGCAGAUCGGCCUGCUGGUGCUCUUCGCCAUCGUGAUAUUCGCCAUCAUCGGCCUCGAGUUUUAUUCGGGAACCCUGCACAAAACGUGUUACAGCAUCAGGGAUAUCCAUUUUAUCGUGAAGGAGGGCGAACAGGCGAGCCCGUGUAACACGGACAACAAAUCCGAGGCGCCGUUCGGGGCCCACGUGUGCGACGCAAACGUCUCGACGUGCAUGGAUCACUGGGAGGGACCAAACUUCGGCAUCACCAGCUUCGACAACAUCGGAUUCGCCAUGCUCACUGUCUUCCAGUGCAUCACUAUGGAGGGCUGGACUGCCAUAUUGUACUGGACAAACGACGCUCUUGGCAGCACGUACAACUGGAUUUACUUUAUACCAUUGAUCGUCCUUGGCUCAUUCUUCAUGCUGAACUUAGUUCUCGGUGUUCUGAGCGGAGAGUUUGCGAAGGAGAGAGAGAAGGUGGAGAACCGGCAGUCCUUCCUGAAGUUGCGAAGACAGCAGCAGCUCGAGCGUGAACUGAACUGUUACCUGAAUUGGAUCUGCAAAGCAGAGGAGGUAAUACUCGCUGAAGAGAGGACCACGGAAGAGCAGAAGCUGCACAUAUUAGAAGGAAGGAGACGAGCCGCUGCGAAGAAAAAGAGGAUGAAGAACCUCGGGAAAAGCAGAAGCACGGACACGGAGGAAGAGGAAGGUGAUGACGACCAGGACGACGGGUACUCGAGAUCUUCCUACAUGAAGCCGAGGGCGAAAGACAAAGGGACCUGCGUGCAGUUCUGGCGGGCCGAGAAGAGGUUCAGGUUCUGGAUCCGGAACUCCGUCAAGUCGCAAAAGUUCUACUGGUUCGUGAUCGUUCUUGUGUUCUUCAACACCGUGUGCGUCGCCGUCGAGCACUACGGCCAGCCGCAAUGGCUCACCGAAUUCCUCUACUUCGCGGAGUUCGUGUUCCUGGCUCUGUUCAUGAUGGAGAUGUUCAUCAAGGUGUACGCGCUCGGCCCCCGCACAUACUUCGAGUCGAGCUUCAAUCGUUUCGACUGCGUGGUGAUCUCCGGAUCGAUCUUCGAAGUGAUCUGGUCCGCGUUGAAGUCCGGCUCUUUCGGCCUCUCCGUCCUACGUGCCCUUAGACUCCUGCGAAUUUUUAAGGUCACCAAAUACUGGAAGAGCCUGAGGAACCUCGUAAUAUCGCUGCUCAGCUCGAUGCGUAGCAUCAUCUCCCUGCUCUUCCUGCUCUUCCUCUUCAUUCUCAUAUUCGCUCUGCUCGGCAUGCAGCUCUUCGGCGGCCAGUUCAAUUUCGAGUACGGCACGCCGCCCACAAACUUCAACACCUUUCCCAUCGCGCUGCUCACUGUCUUCCAAAUCCUGACCGGAGAAGAUUGGAACGAAGUGAUGUACCAAGGUAUCGAGUCGCAAGGCGGUCACAGGAGGGGCAUGGUGUACUCGCUCUACUUCAUCGUGCUGGUGCUCUUCGGCAACUACACGCUGCUGAACGUGUUCUUGGCUAUCGCCGUGGACAAUCUGGCGAACGCACAGGAGCUGAGCGCCGCCGAGGACGAGGAGAACGUCGAGGACAAGGAGAAGCAGGCGCAGGAACUCGUGAAGGAGAUCGAGUCCUUGCAGAAGCCGAAAGACGGUAGCCCGCCCAAGGUGGCCGUCUGCCCUCCGAGCCCGACCCAGAACUUCAAAGACGGAAAAGGUGGGAAGCAGUCGUCCGAAGAGAAAAAGCAGGAUGAAGACGAUGACACGGGACCAAAACCAAUGCUGCCAUACUCCUCCAUGUUUAUACUGUCCCCUACGAAUCCCGUAAGAAGAGCCGCCCAUUGGGUGGUCAACCUGAGGUACUUCGACUUCUUCAUAAUGGUGGUGAUAUCGCUGUCGAGUAUCGCGUUGGCCGCCGAGGAUCCGGUGUGGGAGGACUCGCCGAGGAACGAGGUCCUGAACUAUUUCGACUACGCGUUCACCGGUGUCUUCACCGUCGAGAUGAUACUGAAGAUCAUCGAUCUCGGGAUCAUCCUGCACCCGGGCUCGUAUCUCCGCGAAUUCUGGAACAUUAUGGACGCGGUGGUGGUGAUAUGCGCCGCGGUGUCGUUCGCGUUCGACAUGACCGGCAGCUCGGCCGGACAGAACCUCUCGACUAUCAAGUCGCUCAGGGUGCUGCGUGUGCUCAGACCGUUGAAGACGAUUAAGAGAGUGCCGAAGCUGAAGGCGGUCUUCGACUGCGUGGUGAACAGUCUGAAAAACGUCAUUAACAUUCUCAUAGUGUAUAUAUUGUUCCAAUUCAUUUUCGCUGUGAUCGCGGUGCAGCUGUUCAACGGGAAAUUCUUCUACUGUACCGACGAGAGCAAGUAUACGGAACACGAUUGCCAGGGUCAAUAUUUCGUUUUCGAUGAGGGAGCCAUGCUGCCGGAGCCGAAAAAGCGCGAAUGGCUCUCCCAAAGCUUUCACUACGACAACGUGAUGGCGGCGAUGCUGACGUUGUUCGCGGUGCAGACCGGCGAGGGCUGGCCGCAGAUCCUGCAGAACUCGAUGGCGGCCACGUACGAGGACAAGGGCCCCAUCCAGAACUUUCGUAUAGAAAUGUCCAUUUUCUACAUCGUCUACUUCAUCGUCUUUCCAUUCUUCUUCGUGAACAUCUUCGUGGCCUUGAUCAUCAUCACUUUCCAGGAGCAGGGAGAGGCCGAACUGCAAGACGGCGAAAUCGAUAAAAAUCAGAAAUCUUGCAUAGACUUCACGAUACAGGCCCGCCCGCUGGAAAGGUACAUGCCGAAAGAGCGCAACAGCGUCAAGUUCAGAAUCUGGAAGAUAGUGGUAUCGACGCCCUUCGAAUAUUUUAUCAUGGGUCUCAUCGUAUUAAACACGUUACUGCUCAUGAUGAAGUUCCAUCGGCAAAGCGACGCGUACAAGAACACGCUGAAGUACAUGAACAUGUGCUUCACGGGGAUGUUCACCGUCGAGUGCAUACUGAAGAUCGCCGCUUUCGGCGUGAGGAACUUCUUCAAGGACGCCUGGAACACGUUCGACUUCAUCACGGUGAUCGGCAGCAUCGUGGACGCCCUCGUGAUCGAGUUCGGGGAGCGGUUUUCGAGUGGCGGCCAACUAGGCGAAAAAAAGGAGAACUUCAUCAACGUCGGCUUCCUGAGGCUGUUUCGCGCCGCUAGGCUGAUCAAACUACUCAGGCAGGGCUACACGAUACGAAUUUUACUCUGGACCUUUGUACAAUCCUUUAAAGCUCUGCCUUACGUUUGUCUCCUCAUCGCGAUGCUGUUCUUCAUCUACGCGAUCAUCGGUAUGCAGGUAUUCGGUAACAUCGCGCUGGACCCCGAGACUUCUAUAACCAAGCACAACAAUUUCCAAAGCUUCAUUCAAGGUCUGAUGUUGCUUUUUCGGUGCGCCACCGGCGAGGCCUGGCCGAACAUCAUGCUGUCGUGCAUCAAAGGCCGGCCGUGCGACGUGAAGGCCGGGAAACAGGAGAUGGGCGGCUGCGGCUCGAACAUCGCGUACGCCUACUUCGUCUCGUUCAUCUUCUUCUGUUCGUUCCUGAUGCUGAAUCUGUUCGUGGCCGUCAUCAUGGACAACUUCGACUACCUGACCAGGGACUCGUCGAUCCUCGGCGCGCAUCAUCUCGACGAGUUCGUCAGGAUCUGGGCGGAGUACGAUCCGAGCGCGACCGGCCGGAUCCAUUACACCGAGAUGUACGACAUGCUGAAGAACAUGGACCCGCCGUUGGGGUUUGGCAACAAGUGCCCGAACCGGCUCGCUUACAAGAAGCUGAUCAGAAUGAACAUGCCGGUGGACGACGACGGCAAGGUCAAGUUCACUACGACGCUGUUCGCGCUGAUCCGCGAGAAUCUCAGCAUCAAGAUGAGACGAGCCGACGAGAUGAAUCAAGCGAACGAGGAGCUAAGGGACACGAUCAGAAGUAUCUGGCCGCUGCAGGCGAAAAAGAUAUUGGACCUUUUGAUACCUAGGAAUGAAGAAUUAGGCAGAGACAAGCUGACCGUUGGUAAGAUAUACGUCUGCCUUCUGAUACUCGAAAGUUGGAGGACGACCAAGUUUGGUCAGAUAGUAUCGACCGGACAGAACGAUAACGAUCUUAUCGAUAACGAUAAUGCUGGGCAAAGUCCUGCAGCCCAGGCGCAAUCGGCCUUCCUCAACUGCAUUCUGGACGUGACGGCGGUGAAUCACACCGGAAAUAGUCACGGGACCGGAAGUAGGGCGAACAGCCUCGAGCCGGUGGUUCGGCCGACGCCGGAUAGGAAGCUAGACCAACGCAGGGAGCUCCGAGAGGAAGACGAUGGGACCCUCGGGGUCCACGCAGCCGCCGAGCACAGAAAUAAAAAGGUGAACUGGAAGAUGUCCCACCAGUACGAUAUACUAGGCAGCAGCGGAGAGAGUAGCCAGGGAGGGGGUGGGUCUGGGGUUGUACCCGUAGUUAAUGACGAGGAUCGCGCCCCCGAGCUAGAGCCAUUGCUGGCUGAGGUGCCCUCCCAGCAGGAUCAAAACUACUACUACCACCAUCACCAUCACGACCAAUACUACGAUACCGACAAAGAUCUAUACUAUGACCAUCACCACCACCACCACCAUCACCAUCACGUUCACCAUCAUCAUCAUGCUCACCGACCACCCUCGUAUUAUCAACACCAGAAUACCUACGCACCUCGCUCCUCGAUCCGUUACCACAAGAUGGAGCUUCAGGACGUCGUGGUUAGCGACUCGCGAGCCGGUAGUCUCGAGAGUCUCACCCACGCCGCAGAGAGACUUCAUCCGCCUGUCCAUCCAACCAAGCACCCGUUGCGCUCGCCCAGCUUAAGGCACUCGCCGGUGAUGCCCGGCUCGCAGUCGCCCCGCCGAAUGAGGAACGAUCAUCACGCUUACUAUCGCCACGAGGGACCCGGGUUCAGCGACACGGUCAGCAACUUGGUCGAGAUGCAACGGCACACCCAUCAUCCCCAGUCACAUUACAACCAUCGGCCCCGGAAGCGAGACUAUUACGACCACUGCGACUAUUACGACGAUGGUCCGUGGAGCGCGACGACGAGCCCCGUCAGGACGCCCAGUCCCAUUCGUCACAUCGUACACAGUCGACCCUACGGGACGACCAGCCUGGAGCAGCGAUCGAGGAGUCCCAGCCCCGUAGGCGGCCGGCAGUCCGCCCAUCCGCACCAGCAUUAUCAUCGGCAUCAUCCCCAUCAGCACAGCCACCCGGUGCUAGCGACCAGGAGAGAGCCGCGUCGCCGACUGCCACAGACGCCCAACAAGCCAUCGACCCUUCAGCUCAAGUCGGCGAACAUCAACUUCCCGAAGGUGAACGCGUCACCGACGCACGUGCCCAUCCCGCCGGGCAUGCAGCACCCGCCGCCGCCCGGCCACGUGCCGGGCAUGCAACCGAGCCAUUGCCCGCUCAGUUUCGAGCAGGCCGUCGCGAUGGGACGCGGGGGCCGUUUACUGCCCAGCCCCGUGCCCAACGGGUACAAGCCCCAGCCGCAGGCUAAACAGAGGACACCCAGGUCGAGACACUCGGACAGCGACGACGACGACUGGUGCUAGCCAAAGUGGGACCCUGGACGGUGGUCCGGUGACGUGGACGCCCCCAGGCGUCUUUGGGUCUGCGCGUGAAUCUUCCGGCGAGGGAGGCGCAUGCAUCGUCGAGGAUGAUCAUCCCGCGACCGUACGGGAGUUGGUGAAACACCGAUCGACCGGCUUGGUGGGAAGCUCGGGAACUAGUCCGGUGUCGAUCGGCAGCCGAUCGACGAUCUAACGAGGUUCAUUAAGUUCCGCGGGGACCGGAUGGUGUACGCGCGAUUCGAUUCGGAAUUGAUUCGAUCGAGGAACGAUCGACGACGGAUGGAAGACGAGCGUCGGCAUGGAUAUGGGUUUCCGUACACCUGGAGGAGAAGCCAAGCGGUCGAAAGUUCGUCCGGAGACACAAGGGAGGGAGAGCGAGAAGAGAAGAGAAGAGAAGAGAAGAGAAGAGAAGAGAAGAGAAGAGAAGAGAAGAAGAAGAGGAGCGAAGAGAAGAGGAGCGAAGAAAGGGGAGACCAGACGAAUGACGCUAGAAGGUCGAGGAGAGGAGGUUCUUCCCUGAGGAGAGAGGAGAGACCGACGCGACCGAACCGAGAGCAACAUCGGAUGAUCCGUUACAGGGGGACAACUGAGAGACAGAACACACACUCAUAAUAAUAAUAAUAAUAAUAAUAAUAAUAAUAUACGAAUAACGCGCGAGAAUAUACGAGUUAACAUAUACAACCACACACGUACAUACAUACGUACACAUACACACACAAACGUGAAUACGUACGCGACGUAGAACCGAGCCCGGAGCAUCGUCGAGGCGCAACGAUCGAUCGAAGAGACAAUGGUGCCGUGGGAACGACGAUGACGUCGACGUCGACGUCUCGGUAUCAAGAAACGUCUCCCGGGCCGAAGAAGGGGACGCGCGCCCGGACGUUGCGCGAGCGACGAAGUGCGUCGGAAACGAAGAAGCGCGGGACGCUCCGUAUAUAUACAUACAUAUAUACAUAUAUAUACAUAUAUAUAUACAUAUAUAUACAUAUAUGUAUAUAUAUGUAUAUAUAUAAAACAUAACUUUCCCUAUUUUCACUGCGAUAAUCUUUCUUUCGUCUCGAACUUCGAAAGCUUCCUCCGCUGUGUGCUUUUUAAUCGACGGACCGAGCCGAGGAGGAUCCACUUUUUAUACGAUUAUACGGUCGAGCGUCCGCUUCGGAUCUCUCUAGACGCGGUUACCGACGAUUUAUCCACGGCCGCGGCCGUGCCGAACUCUGCUCGUUGCGAGAACCCGCGACACGCCGGGACACACGCCUGGAGAAACACAAGUGUUCUCGAGGUUCCUUUCGCGAGCCGUUCCUCGAGGGGAGAGUAGACGCGGCCCUAGGGGGAGCGUUCCGGGUGUAAAUGGACUGACCAAGACGCGGGGGGCGCGCGUCUUCCUCGAGGAACGGCGUGGGAACUGUUCGCGCGCGCCAGAGAAGCUCGUCGUUCGCCUCUCUUCGUGGCCGCCAGAGUCGAGGAAGAAUCGAGAGACAACGGAUAAUACACUCUCUCUCUGCCCCGAGGGUUCUCGCGACGGUGUACCGGUGUUUCUUUUCUCUUGUUUCGCGACUGAAAACAAGACGCCCGAAUCGCUGUUGGUAGCGGGACGAUCGCUAGGAUCGGAGGGGGUAGGCUAGAGAGGGAACUGGUACUCGAAGCCGCUGAACGAUACAUCGAACUAAAUACGUAGGAAUUUUUACUGAAACCGUAUCUCUUGUAUCGUAAGAAAAAGUACACGUUAUUCCGCCGCUGCUUUCUCGUGGAAAGAGAGAAAAGAAAGAGGCGCGCACACCGACACCGACGCCGGCUCCGACCGACGGCCGAGGGCUGGCGAAGAGAACGUGCGGCGACCACCGUCGAUAUAACCGGGGCACGUUCACGGGGCUGUUUUUUGAUCACGGUGAUCACGGACGAUAUAUAAUGCAUGUGACCGAACGAAAAGUGCGCGACGAGAUUUAGGAUAUCGGGGGUACGGCGCGGAGGGCCGAUCGAUCGCGUCCUCUCGAGAACGAAGGCUGUUCUUCUCGAGAGGGUGGCGCGUAGUUUUUCGGGUGGGGGGACGCGGAUUAAGUAUACAUUUCACGAGCAUUUGUAAAUUACCUCAUAAACUUUCGAUUAAACGCGAGAGAGAGAGAGAGAGAGAGAGAGAGA